AAAGCGAAAUAAUUUUUACUUGUAAAUCAAAUUUUGAGUAAAUAACAGUCGCUGUUAUUUGUAUUCCGUGUUCGGAUGUGUGUGACCGCAGAUCAGGCAAGCAGCGUGCUGCUCUAGUAGUUACGUAAUGGCAACAGCUUUGCGCCUGGGCGGCGAAAUGGCAAUGGUCGCACUUUGUCAGGCGCAGUCCAUUCAUAAAUUUGGAAUGGUGCGACGAGCUUUGAGCCAUGAUUUGACAACGGCACUGCGUCCCUUCUACUUUGCCGUGCAUCCGGAUUUGUUUGGACAGCAUCCGGAGCAGAGGCAGACCAACGAGAAUUCAUUGAAACUGCUCAGCGCACAUCUGGAGGCGCUCUAUCAACAUAGCUAUCCCAAUGAUGAUGCCAAGGUGCUCAAGUUCUAUGUGCGGGAGAGCACGAGUGCAGAGAAAAGGGAUUCAUUCAAACUGGUGCAAAUACGAAUGGACAAAGGUACUCGGGAUCCCCAGAGAUUUAUCCAGAAUCUACUGGAGUCAUGCAAUCUUUCCACUGAUUACAUAAAGACCGUAAAGCCAACGAUGCAGCAAAAGCCUCAAGAAAGCAUGGCCAAUCGUCCCAGCCAGGAUUAUCACUACAACAUGGAGUUUGCCGAGUUCGAGAGGCGCGUUAAGAAUGAAGCCGCUAGUCGCCGUCCAGUUCUGUCCAGUUGGUUGGCGGAGAAUGCGGCCACGGCAAGACAGCGCGCCAAGGAGACAGCUGAUUUGGAAGCUGAAAUAGACAAGCUGAAAAAUGUGCUGGUGAAGGAUCUGGAACUAAGCGACGCUCGCUAUGAGUGUGGCUGGAACAUUGAGCACUAUCGUGGCUGCCUUAAAUCACUGCAACGUCUCGCCCAAACCCAUCGCGCAGAGCUGAGCACAUUACGGAAUAGGGUUGUAGUCUUUGCACCGUUUACGGGCGUCAGUCUCGAGGGUCACGUGAUGCUCUUCACCGGCGACGUGCAGAGCAACUGGAUUGACUUUAUCAAAAACAUUCCACAGCACGAUAGCUACCUCAAUGUAGUGCCGCUCUAUGAGCUGGCGCUCUCGCAGGUGUUGCGGGGCAUUCAGAUCGGUCGCCGCAAGUUUAUGCCCAAGACACAAGCACGCGGUUACGCCAACUACCUCAUGAAGGUGACGACCUCGCUAAAUGAUUUCCUGAGUAAACAAGCGUAUCCAGAUAAAUGGCCAGCCAAGCUGCAGGAGUUCACAAUUGUUGUCGAAUCGGAGGCGGGUCCUCUUAUGGUCAGUCCAACGGGACAGUUCAUUACGCCCGCCACCUGCCCCGGUGCCAUACUCGUAGACUUUAUUACGCAAAAUAUGAAAUUGGCAAGCGAGCGUAUGACAAAGUAUGCCACGGAUAAAUAUCUCGAACAGAAUCUUAUUGAGGAGUGUUUGCGAGAGCUUAAACUGCAGGCAUUAACCAAAGAUGACGCCGUUACGCCGGAUAAAAUGAUAUCGGCGCUAACUGAUUUACGCCAAUGUCGACCGCAACAUUUUGAACAACUCAAGCUGCAUAUAUCCCAUUAUUACUCAGUGCUCACAGAUGGCAUCGUUUGUAUACCCUGGGAUUUUAUGCAAAAGUAGUCCAUGCACGACCUCUUUAAUUCUCAUGUGCCUUACGAACGUUCACAGACAAUAAGCAUUCAAUAGAAAUUUAUACAUAUUAGCUUUAAAUUAACAACGUCAAGUAAUUGUUAUAGCCAUAAGUACAGAUAUUAUGUCUAUAACCAGAUGCUAACCCAAUCCCAUAAAUAAAUUAUGUAUUUGUUUUAAUUUAAAAAUAAA